AUGGAAAAGCUACGAUCCAUUACAGUUUUACCAACAGAACAAGAAAUUGAAGAUAAAAAAAAUGGAAAAAGAAAAAAGAAGGUUCCAUUACCACAUGGCCACAGCCAAUUAGAUUGGAUGAAAAAACAAAAUUUAAUUAGAGAUCCAACAUUUUUUAAUGGAGACGGUAAAAUUACAAUAACAGAAUUAAAAAAGCACAACACAGAAAAGGAUGCAUGGACUGUUUAUAAAGGAAGAGUUUAUGAUAUUACUCAAUAUUUUGAUUUUCAUCCAGGUGGAAGAGAAGAGCUAUUAAGGGCAGCUGGCAACGAUUCAACUCAAAUUUUUGAAUUUAGACACUCUUGGGUAAAUUUCGAAGCAAUGAUGUUAAAAUAUAUGGUUGGUUAUUUAGUACCAGAAUAG